AUGAACUGCCACAAGCAAACACCCCAAUCAAGUUAUGCUAGUCGUCAGCCCCAACCAAGCUCGUUCCCGCAUCGCCCGCCCAGGCGACCCCCGGCGAAACACCCGGUGCCCAAAACUCCCCCCCCCCCGUCGACCGCAAAUGUUGCUGACUACCACCGCAAUGUAGCGGCUGUCCGCAAGGGGGAAGCCAGGCAACUCACGACUGCACUCGACAAAACUGACUCGAUUCGCGAAUUGUGUCUUCAAUGCAUCGCCAAGUCAACCCAAUUCAAAUCGUCAACUACAACUCUGCGGGAGGCACCAGCAAAUCGUCCGAUUUACGGGCCGAACUAUUUUGCCAGCCGCAGGAUUCAAAAAGACAGGCCCUCUCCUACGGGUGCUCGUCGAUAA